AUGGCUAUCAACAACGAGGUACAUUCCACACCCACGCCCAAUUUGAAACUAAUCAAUACUUCGAGUGGGGUACGAGUGUCCCAAGCUUGUGAUCGAUGCCGUAUUAAAAAGAUCAAAUGCGAUGGAUUAUCACCUUGUCAAAAUUGUAAAAAAGCUGAUUUGGAAUGCAAGACAUCGGAUAAAUUAACCAGAAGAGCUUUUCCCAAGGGAUAUACGGAAAAUCUUGAGAAAAAAGUGAAAGCAUUAGAAGAGGAAGUUAGACUUCUACGAGAGCACGGAGGACACGUUUCGGAUGGAGUAAAUAAAAGUAUGACAGUUUCACCACAAAAGGGACCUUCACCAGCUAGUAUCCCCACCACCACAACCACCAAUGACAAAGUUUUAUUCCAAACUACAAAUCAAUCGGUACAGAUUAAUAACCCCAUUGACCAAAUUUUCAAUCUUGAUGACAGAGGAAUUAUAAUAGGUAAUGACAAUCUCAACUUUGAAUCACAAUUUAACCACUUGUUGAUCAAUUUACAUAUGCCAUUUUUGAAAAUAACCAAUAGUCACAAUUUUCUAUUGAACGACCCAAACGAUUACUUGUAUGACCCUGCACAGGCAAAGAAUAAUCAGUUUCAUAAUAAAGAUUUGGAUUUGGUUUUCAAUCCUUUAACAGGAGCUAAUCCUAGUGCCCCCGAUUCUGGUGUCAAUGAAUUACCCCAUGACGUGUAUGAUUUGUUCAUCAAGUUGAUCAACAAUUUUAAAAAAGUGUUUAAAUCUAAAAAGGAAUUGGAUGCACAAAUCACUCAAUAUUUUUUAAAUUACAAUAUUUUCAUCCCAAUAUUUGACUACAAUGAGUUUAUUCAAAGCUAUGACGAUUUCCAUACAAUGUAUCCAUUUAUAUUCACAUACGAUGAUUCCACCAUCAAUGGGUUUAAUUUAUCAAACACUAGUGACUAUCAAAUUGUCAAUAGAUUUUUGAUGACAAUUAUACAAACUUAUGCCAUGAUUUUUAUCAACAACCCCACCAUCAAUUUGAAUUUGUUGUUGAAUCAUUCUGAUCCCCAUUACUCUGUAAACAGAGAUAAGUCGAUAUUGAAAUCAUUGUAUGAUAUAUUGCCAUAUUUCAAUGGGUUCCAAAUAUCCAUAAGUCAACUUCAGACAUACUUGUUGUUACUUUAUUAUUCACUCCUUACAAAUAAUAAAGAAAAAUCGUUAAUUUUAUCUUCACUUAUUAAUGCCUUUAUUGGAAUAUUGGGUAUCAAUUUAAAUUCAAAAAACUUGUUUUUCAAUGACUUGUCAUUGAAUGUACUGCAGCGUCGCAAUAGGGUCAAAAUAUUUUGGACUUUUAAAGUAUUAUUGAAAUGCUUUAAUUUGAAAUUUGGGUUUAAACCAAGUCUAAACACCACCGUGAUUAAUCCAGUUACUAUUGAUCGAUAUUUCCAAUUGACACCGGAAAAAUUGUCGUCCUUACUUGAAGACAAUGAUGACCUUUUCAAUACAUUACUAAAACCAAGCAUUGAAUUCUUAAACUUGAUGAAUAUCAUAAUUCCAUCGUCUUUUUCGCCAAAUUAUUAUCAAUAUCUCAAGCUCGAUAAGAAAAAGAAGGAAAAAGAACAUCCAAAUAAUGCUCAUAAUCACCACCGAUUGGAUUGGAUUUUGAAUGAGGAUGAUGGCGAUGGAAAUGAUGGUAAUUUAAACUACAAUUUCAAUCAGUUUUUGACAAUUGACAAAAACUUGUCUGAUUGGAGACAAUCGUUAAAAAAUAAAGUGUUUUCAUUAGUUCCAUUCAAUUUGGAUUUGGGACUACCCAACUUGUUGAACAUUUCCCACAACAAUUUAUAUCACGAUAUGACACAAGAGCAUUUGAAGCAAGAAGUGAUGAUUCAUUAUUAUCAAACCGGUAUACCUGACACAUAUACCGCCUCACAAUUGAUCAAGAUCCAACUAAAUUUCCAUUAUGUCUUGAUUAGAUCAAUGAACUAUCUCAAUUUCAUCGUUGAUAAAGAAUUGGAUUUCGUAUACUACAAGGAAAUUGCCGUGAUUGCUCUGGAAGUGUUGCAAUACUUCAAUUUGAUUUUUUACCACAUUAGCUUAUCACAAGAAAAACGUAAUGAUCCAGUAGUCAAUUCAAACUCGAUAGUAAUGGAAAGUUUAGGCUUGGAUGUUGAUGAAGAUGGAUUUGUCAUCAAUGAUUUUUCAGUUAAACGAAGACGAUCCAAUGCUAAACCUAGUUCUGCCAAACGUAUUAUUAAAGAAAUCCCAAUGUCACCAUUCAAUCCCAUGUUGAAUGGUUUAUCAUUAACAGUUAUCAAUUUGAAGAAAUCCAUUGUUUUGCAAAUGUUGUACUUGCUUAUUUGUCAAAUGAAGUUUUUAAAAAGGAAUGAAUUGGUUGCCAAUAUCACUGACUCAGUAAACCUCCUCACCAAUUCGGUUGACUUGUUUAUUUCCGUGUUUCUCAAUUACAAACCAGGUGUUAAUUCCAAAAAGACUAAUGAAGACAUCUUGUUUGAUAAAUUGAUGAAGGAUGAAUUGAGAGUGGAAAUUUUACAGUAUCAACAAAAACAACAACAACAACUGCAAAAUGGUGACGAUACGGAUGAUGAGGAUGAUGAUGAGGAUGUUCACGGGAACCACCAUUCAUCAGGAGCCAGCUAUUACAAGAGUAUCGAUUGGGAUAAUGAAAACUUGGAUGAGGAUUUAAAGUAUCUCAAGAUUUGUAAAUUUAUCAAGUACAAAUCACAAUCGAUACUAGAGCAACACAAUGCAUCAAAAAUGAGCCAUAAUCAGCAUCAACUGAUUGUCAUCCCGCCCAAUCCAUAUACUCCAUUGUCGUCAUCAGCAUCAGCGUCUGGAUCAUCGCAUUCAAUAAAGUAUGAUAUGUCGAACAAUUUACACAACAACCACAACCACAACAGCAACCACAACAACAACCACAACAAUAACAAAGACUUUGGCGCCGCCCAUGAUUUGAUGGAGUUAAAGAGAAGCUACUCCAAUAGGAACUUGAACUACCCCACUCAUUAG